GUACCCUUGAACGAGUUGAAAAGUAUACUCAAGAAGCAGCUCAUAAAGCUGCAAGUCAUGAACUAUUGCUAAUCGAAGAGCCUGGUUAUUUGGAAGCUGAAGGAAUCGAAAAAACAUUUAACAUCACACAAAAGAAAUUAAAGGAACAGUUGGAUGAAAGCUCUGCUAAAAAGAUAUUUGAUCUUCAAUUAACUACAUUUGGUCCAUAUUCUCUGGAUUACACCCUCAUUGGAGGCCGUAAAGGCCAUUUAGCAACUCGGGAUUGGCAAGAAAACAAACCAGGCUGUGAAAUUCAUGUAAAAGAGACUGUUCGAGAU